GGGAUCUAAGAAAAUGGCGGAUGAUACGUCGUCUGGUGCUGUUGAAGAGCCUCUCGAUCUUAUUCGUCUUAGCUUGGAUGAAAGGAUAUAUGUCAAAAUGAAGAAUGACAGAGAGCUACGUGGUCGCUUGCACGCGUAUGAUCAACACUUGAACAUGGUUCUGGGAGAUGUGGAAGAAACAAUCACUACAGUAGAAGUGGACGAUGAAACAUACGAAGAAAUUUACAAAACAAGCAAGCGUAAUGUUCAGAUGCUGUUUGUACGUGGGGACGGUGUUAUUUUGGUGUCACCGCCUCUCAGAGUUGGCAUCUAGACAAUGAACAUUAGCACAAUAAUUAUUGGCAGUUAGUGACGUGAUUGUAGAUCCUACUGCCUCUCCAUGCAUAAACAUUAACAGCAAGCAUGAAAACACUAGUUUUCAAUUAAUUAAUGUAGUUAGUGGUUAUGCAUGGAGAGGCAGUGGAAAGUUCAUUGCUAAUGAGCUGUAGUGCAGUAUUUCUUGUAUAUUCGUUUGAUGCAAUAGUUUGCGCUGAUGUAAGACUCUAAAGUGAGUGAUGUA